CUCCCCGCGUCACCACUACGCCCCCACUAGGUGAUCGCCUGCGUCGACUCGCCCGCCUUGCCGCGCCUCCAUUCGGAGAGCGCUUCCCGGCACCCAGACCUCAAUCCCUUUCCCCUUCUCCCUGCGCCGUCUUUGUCUCUCCUGCCUCCAGAGACACCGCACAGAAACCAUGUGGACACUCCGCCCAGUGCUGACCUUGGGCAUCAGGUCGGGUCCCGCGAGCCUGAGUCCAGUGUGCGUCGCACGCCUCAGCGCUGCCGCAGCCCCUGAACAGCAAAAGCCGAAGAAAACAAAGUUUGGCCCCCUGAAGGAUGAAGACCGCAUUUUCACGAACCUCUACGGCCGCCAUGACUGGAGGCUGAAGGGCGCCAUGGCACGGGGAGACUGGUACAAAACGAAGGAGAUCCUGCUCAAGGGGCAUGAGUGGAUCCUCAACGAGGUGAAGGUGUCGGGGCUGCGAGGACGCGGCGGCGCCGGCUUCCCCACCGGCAUGAAGUGGGGCUUCAUGAACAAGCCCUCCGAUGGACGGCCCAAGUACCUGGUGGUGAAUGCAGACGAGGGCGAGCCCGGCACAUGCAAGGACCGAGAGAUCAUGCGCCACGACCCGCACAAGCUGAUCGAGGGCUGCCUGGUGGCGGGACGCGCCAUGGGUGCGCGCGCCGCCUAUAUUUACAUCCGCGGCGAGUUCUACAACGAGGCGUCCAACUUACAGCUCGCGAUCAAGGAAGCGUACGAGAAGGGGCUGUUGGGGCACAACGCGUGCGGCUCGGGCUUCGACUUCGACGUGUUCGUGCACCGCGGAGCCGGCGCGUACAUUUGCGGCGAGGAGACGGCACUGAUCGAGAGCCUGGAGGGCAAGCAGGGCAAACCGCGUCUCAAGCCUCCCUUCCCCGCCGACGUCGGCGUGUUCGGCUGUCCCACGACGGUGGCUAACGUGGAGACAGUCGCCGUGGCGCCCACCAUCUGCCGUCGCGGCGGGGAGUGGUUCGCCGGGUUCGGCCGCGAGCGAAACUCCGGGACGAAGCUGUUCAACAUCUCGGGCCACGUCAACCACCCGUGCACGGUGGAGGAGGAGAUGUCCAUCCCGCUGAAGGAGCUCGUCGAGAGACAUGCCGGCGGAGUGCGUGGCGGCUGGGACAACCUGUUGUGCAUCAUCCCGGGGGGCUCUUCCACGCCGCUCAUCCCUCGUGCCGUGUGCGACGAGGUCCUCAUGGACUUCGACGCUCUCGUCGCAGCGCAGACCGGUCUCGGCACGGCCGCUCUCAUCGUCAUGGACAAGUCGACGGACGUCGUCAAGGCUAUCGCUCGCCUCAUGGAGUUCUACAAACACGAGAGCUGUGGGCAGUGCACUCCUUGCCGGGAAGGCACGGGCUGGAUGAACACGAUGAUGUGGCGCCUGGUGGAUGGCAAUGCGCGGGCCGAGGAGAUUGACAUGCUGUGGGAGAUCAGCAAGCAGAUCGAGGGACACACCAUCUGCGCGCUGGGCGAUGGAGCAGCCUGGCCCGUUCAGGGCCUCAUCCGUCACUUCCGCCCGGUGCUUGAAACGCGCAUCCAGCGCUACCAGGAGGCCGCCGUGCGGAAGGCAGCGUCGUCGUCAUAACCUCGUCACUGCCACCGCCCCGUUCCCCCUGCACCCCCCUUCUCCCCCCCCCCCACCUGGCAUGGCCGUCCAUCAGCAAGCGGUGGGAGGGGAGGGAGUGGAGAGUUGGGGAGAGGGAGGGAGGGUGGUGGCACCCGCUUCCAAAUUACGGAAAAGCAGAACACCAACGCACGAACGCACACGCAUGCACACGUCCGUUGACCCAAAUAUGCACGGUUCCAGGCCCUGGUGGAGAACGUGACCGUCGUGUACAGUGGAAAGAGAGAGAGAGAGAGUGACGCCAACGUUUUAGGUUUUCUUUCGCGGAUUCUCUCCCGUGCGUGUUUAUCCUCUGCUCGUCGACAGUUGCCCCCGCAGUGUGCGUGCGCGCGCGCGUGUGUUGGCGAGAUGUAUCGCGUAAGUAGAGCCGCUAGGGGCACCCUUAAUUUCGUGUUCGUUUGGUUUGGGUCCUUUAUUCCGGAACGCGCGCCCGGCACAGCUCGGCAUGCACGUGCUCCCUGGACGGUAGCGAUCGUCCGAUUCCAUCAGAGUGCCAAGCCGCGACUCAACCCCAACGCGGGUCCAGUCUGCGGUGCCGGGGGCGGUGUCAGCCCCAGGCUACUUUAACUCAGUUCCCUCCCCCACUGCAGCCACUUCACGCCCUGCGGUCAUGUCUGAUAAAGACGUCGGAACCCAAAAAAACAAAUGGUUCUUAUCUUGUGGAUAAAGAAGCCUUUCAGCUGUUGGCAAGCCGUGCAUGGCUUGAUCCGCCUCGGUCUGUCCGACACCCGAGUUUGAAGGGGGGGUGGGGUUGUUUGGGAUGAUUUGUGUCCCCCCAAAUAGGGGGCCCUGUGCAUCCCCUCCAUGAGUGAUCAUGCAACCUGCUCCUCGGUGACGUGGGGGGGGAGGGGUGCUUUGUCCGCACGUGGUGAUGCUUAUCCUUUGGUUAUUGACAGCUCUGGACCCUGUGCAAUAAUAAAACGGCGCUUACACACCGGCCCCCUACGCGCGCUGCUCAUCCUCUUGGUUUUAGGAAGUUAGUGACCUCGCUCGAAAAAAUAAGUCGUUUGUUCCUCGGUAACUUUCCGCUGUUUUGCUCGGAACAGCUGAUGUGUGAUCCAGAUGCGGGAGCGCUUGCUGUUUCAACCGGCGAUUCGUCGAAUCCUGCGAGUUCUUUUUAACUUCUGAAAUUGGCGAUCGGGCAGGUGGAAAGAGGACUGCCCCACGCGGUUGCCUCGCUCUGCAAGGGAUCCAAAGGGUUUUUUUUUAUCUACUGGCUUGGCGCCUACGGCAUCAUCGGCAUAACUUUCUGCUGUGACCAGCCAUACGCUCGUUUGUCUCAUGCCGAAAUCCAAUGGAAUCGUAGUUCACCCGUCCGCGCUGCAUUCCCGUGGAAGGGGCUGCUUGUCGGCAGACUGAAUGGAGCGAAUGGCAGGUCUUUAAAAAAAAUCACCUAAAUUCGACUUCCCUGCAGUACUGUACGUACAGUGUUUACGGCUGGGUCUCUGCUGUGGAUCUGGCCGCUCGGAGCUCUCCCGACCAUCGGGACUGCAGAACCUGAAAUAAGAGCGUAGGUGGUCAAGUUCUUGUGUUUGGCCAUACUUCACUCAGGUCAGUCCAUGUCGGGAUCCAUAAAGCGCCCUCCAGAGGGCGCUUUAUGGAUCCCCCUAUCCCAGGGGUCGGCAACCAAAAUAACAAGCGACAUUUUUAUUCGAUUUUGGUCUAUGAAUUAAAAAAAUUCAAUGCGUGUGAAUACGGGGACGGUCCUUGAUUAAUAACAUGAUAAAGAUAUCGUUACGGAGCCGCACGCUGCCAACCCCCUGGCCUAUCCAUUAUAACGCCUCGUGACGAAGCCUCCUGGCCACGUCCGAGGGGGCGGGGGACCCCUCUGUAAAAGCUGUUGCUACCUCUGCAGUCGUCAUCACAACACGGUGGCGCAAAUCGGGUUUCGGAUCUUUACGAGAGCAACAGGAAAAAAAAGUGGAACAAACAGAAAAAACAAACGAAUGUGGGAAGCCGGCCACGUUCAAGAGCCGUGGCUGGGUGGCAUGGAUUUUUUUUGUUCUCUGACCGCCAAGUUUAAACGGCUCCAUUGACCGCAGGCCUGUGGCUGAGAUCCGAUCGCCCAGCAGCACUGCCCGACGGAGAACAUGUGCUAUCACGGCGGUAGCAGCAGCAGUCACAGCAGCGAUAGUCCGAGGUUAUUGGUGGAGUUGUGGGGGUUGUGUGGGAGGUAGGGGGAGGGCGGCAUGGGGUUGAGGGACCACAGUGCUGUGGGGGGGGUGGGAGAGGUCGGGGGUGUAGUGGAGGGAGGUGGGGUGGUGGGAGUUGGUGUGGGGGGGGGUGGUCGGCGUUUGUGUAACUGCCCGCACGUGUUCGAAAUUGGUGCGUUGAUUUUCCACGUGAUUACGUCUUGUGGCACAUGCUCUCGAGUUGGCCUUUGAGACAGUUAUGUGAUGAUUCCACCCUCCACGGUUGUUUGGGUGCCACGGUGGCGAGAUGUUAUCCUGCUCGACUGGUAUACAGAAUGUCGUGGGUUAAAUCUCGACUUAGAGGCCUGUA